GGUUGCCAGGUAUCGAUACUUUCCAUAUAACCAAUUUAUCCUGUUUGAUUGUUGUCUUGCCCUAAAUUGACUGUUGAUAGCAACUUCCAGCUGAUAGGAAUUGUCUUAUUUGAUUUCUUUGCUUAAAGAUAUUGAGUUGUGAGAUUUGGAAGUUUGGUUUUUUUGGUUAGUUACUGGAUAAUUUGUGGUGCUUUUGCAAUGCAUUAAUGUUUACUAUUUGUUGAUUUUUUUCCCUUUUUCCCUAAUUUAUCUGAAGCUUAUUAUUUCUUUGGCGUGGAAGUGAUUCCCCACUAACCUGAAUCUUGUACUUUUCUUCUCAUACAUUCUUGUAUAAGCAGUCACUUAAUACUGAAUCACAUCAAUUUCACAAAACCAAUGCUUCUGAGGUACUAUUUCCAUUACGUUAUAAUAAUGUAGGAAACAAUAUAAUGGCACUUUAGCGGAAAUGCAAGUGAUUGCAGGUUUCUUGUGUCUUUAGCAGAAAUUCUCCAUUGCAAUUCCAAGCUCUACUGGAAUGAUUACAUCUUUAAGGCAAACCCAGGUGAUGGGUGUCAUGAAACAGGAGCAACCAGAGAGAUACUUACGGCUUGAGCAUCUACUGGUUCGGACUUACUUUGACCCAAAUGAGGUGUAUCAAGACUCUACAAAGGAGAAAAGACGUGCUCAAAUAGCCCAAGCUGUUGCGGCUGAAGUUUCAGUAGUUCCACCUUCACGAUUGAUGGCUUUGAUUGGUCAGGCUUUAAAAUGGCACCAGCAUCAAGGUUGUGGAACACAGCUAUUCUUGUGCACUUGAGAGAUCAUUCUUGUAUCAUGGUCGGAUGUAUGUAUCAGCAUGGCACAUUUGCUUCCAUUCGAACGUUUUCUCCAAACAAAUGAAGGUGAACUCGCUCGUGUUGGUGCAGGGUAAUCUUCUUCUCAUUUUAACAAUAUAGAUAGAACAUUGAGAUCUUGAAGAUUACUUAUGUAACUCACAUGUUGCCGGAUUUUUUUAAUUCUCCAGUUCAUUAUUGUGAUUGAGUUUAUCAUCUUGGCGGAUCAAGUAGAUGGGAGUCGAUGAGCUAUGAGGACUACUACAAACGAGAAGGCUGAAGCAGAGAACGUCGUUUCAAAUGUCUAACA